AUGGACGAAGAGGUCUACUAUCAUAUGAAUGAACCGAAUAUCACUUCAAGCCGUAUAGCAAAUGGUACGGACGCUGUGAUGACUGAUAAGCCAUCUGAGGCACCAUGGGCAGUUAGGGUUAAAUUGAGAGAAUUAUUUAUAAAUGAUAACGACAGAUGUUCCGGUGUAUUGAUUGCCAUGAAUUGGGUCUUAACGUCCGCCCAUUGUUUGGAAGACCACUGGUACGCGACAUUAGUUAUAAAGACCUCAUCGCUUAAGGGCGUUCAGACCCGACACGUGAACCAAACAUUUAAGACGCCGAGCGGUGCGGACUUGGCUAUGCUUCAAACGGACCGACACUUUACUCGAUUCCGGGAUCGCGUAUUGAAGAGACACUACUCUAUAAACACCGUAUGUCUGCCGGAAAUGAAUCGUACGUUCACUUCGGGAAAUGUGACGGUUUUUGGUUUCGGUUAUAUCAGUGAUAAGGGCUGGCGAUCCGAUAAACUACAGAAAGCUAUACUAAAACUUUGGGCCUUUGAUUUGGUGUCAGUCGUGUUUUGUGAAAUCACUGAUUAUAAUAGACUGUGCGCCUCAUCUAUUAAAGGCCGCACCUGUCGAGGUGAUUCGGGCGGCGGUUGGGUUCAGUAUAACGACCGGUACGGGACUCAAGCGGUGGUUAUUGGCAUUCAUAAAGGUUCUGAUGUUUAUACGAGGUGUAGUAAUAGGACUUCAAUUGCCAUCAAUUUAUCCCACUGGAGUGUGCCAUGGGUGAUAAGGGCCUCUCCGUAUAGGAGCGCAGGCUUUCAAACGCGGUAUACGAAGACAUUUAUAGCGUUCAAUGAAUCCGACGUGGGUUUGAUUCAAACGGACCGACCCUUUACUCGACUCCGGGACCGCACCCUAAAGAGACACUACUCUAUAAACACUGUAUGUCUGCCGGAAAUGAAUGGGAAUUUUAGUUCUGGAAAUGUGACGGUAUUUGGUUUCGGUUACACCGGAGAUGACGGGUCAAAAUCCGAGAAUCUACAGAAAGCUAUACUAGAGCUCUGGUCCUAUGAUGUGAUGUCUGACCACCGUUGGUACGGAAAAUAUAUGCUAAGAGCGUCGCCGUACAGAAGCGCAGGCUUUCAGACCCGACAUAUUAACCAAACAUUUAACUCGUCGAGCGGUGCGGACUUGGCUUUGAUUCAAACGGACCGACCCUUUGACCGACUUCGGGACCGCACACUAAAGAGACACUACUCUAUAAACACUGGUGAUUCGGGCAGCGGUUGGAUUCGAUAUAACGAUUGGUACGGGACUCAGGCGAUAGUGUUGGGCAUCCAUUCACAAUCUGAAAUAUUC